CGGUUCCAAAGAUCCGGGUGGUCAUCGGUUCCUUUUGCACGCCCUUUUACUUAACAUGAGAUGGCUAUGAUGAAACCAAGAACCACCGUAAAACCCUAGAGAGAGAGAGAGAGAGAGAGAGAGAGAGACGGAGACAGCCAUGAACAGAGUACUGAGAAACGCUUCCAUCUACGCACGAGGCCUUCUCCUUCGCCCUCCGACCGCUAAACCCGCCGUAAACCCCUCGCCCCCAUCGUUCUCCGAGCGUGCUCCGCCUCUGCCCAGGUUCUACUCCUCCGGGGACGACUCCUCCGGCGAAACCCCCGAAGCCGCCGCCGCCGCCCCUUCCGAGACGGGCUUGGCGCCGCCGGAGGCGAAGGAGGUCGCGGUCCACGCCGCGUCUCAGAAGAAAGCGGCCUCCCUCGAUGUCAAGGAUGUCGGCAAUAAAGAGCUCAAGAUGAGGAUAGAGAAGUACUUCAAGGGCGAUGAGGAGGCCCUGCCGUCGAUCCUGGAAGCAAUCCUGCAGAGGAAGUCGGCGGGGAAGCACGAGGAGACGGACGACGAGCUGGUGGACGAACUCCAGAUGCAGCCUAUUGAUGAUGUUAAGGACGCCGAGUUUGAAUCCGAUUUCGAGGAUCUGCACGAGACGGAUGAGGAGAUCGACAACUUGUACAAUGCGAGAGACAUUGUGAUGAAGAGAAUGGUGCAAGAUGAGUACUUCAAUAUGGACGACAAGAAAUGGGACGAAAUCGUUGAGGAGGCGGUCAGGCAUGGUUACUUGAUGGACACCAAGGAGUGUGAGCAGGUUUUGGAGGACAUGCUUUCUUGGGAUGAGCUUCUUCCAGAUGAGAUGAAGAAAGAAGUGGAAGAAAAGUUCAAUGAGUUGGGAGAUAUGUGUGAGAGAGGCGAGCUUCAACCUGAAGAAGCCUUCGAACUAUUUAAGAAGUUUGAAGAUGAGAUGGUGAUGAAAUAUGCAAAGAUGAUGGAAAAGGAAGCCCCACAGUUUGAUGAGACUGCUGUCCCUGAUAAGAAAAAAGAUUCAGAUGACCCACCAGGUGAGGGACCAAUACUUCGUUGGCAAACCCGUGUAGUGUUUGCUCCCGGUGGUGAUGCGUGGCAUCCAAAGAAUAGGAAGGUGAAAAUGGCUGUGACUGUGAAAGAGCUCGGGCUUUCAAAGUAUCAAUUUCGGCGUCUGAGAGAACUUGUUGGAAAGCGGUAUAAUCCAGGGAAAGACGAGCUCAUGAUCACCAGUGAAAGGUUUGAGCAUAGAGAAGAAAAUAGAAAGGAUUGCCUUCGGACUUUGUUAUCCCUCAUUGAGGAGGCCGGUAAAGCUAAUAAGCUGGUGGAUGACGCCCGAGCUUCAUAUGUCAAGGACAGACUAAGAGCAAACCCCGCGUUCAUGGAAAGGCUACGUGCCAAGACAGAAAAGAUGAGGGCUUCAAGUACUGUACCGGUGUGAUAUUUUGAUCCACAUUGGCUAUUUUAACCUACUUUAGUUAGCCGUUGGUCAAUGAAAUUCAUGGAAAAGAACCGGUCUUCUAAUUCUUUUGCAGUUUAGAGAUAAUUAUGUUAAUAAUCUGGCUUAAAUGUCUCUGAAGUUGCUGGAGAAGGCACUCAGAUGGUUUAGCUGCUAGUUGAUUACUCUCUGACAAAUUGAUUGCAGCUUCCAGAUGCAAGCUGCAAUUCGAUUCCCCUUCUGGCAGAUUUGGGUGUAAUGAAAUUCAUAGAAGAUGCUGGUCCAAGUUGCUUCUUUU